GCAGAUGAGCAGCGCUCAUCACUCUCCCCACUAAGUAGUCGCUAAUGGAGGUCUGAACCGGACACCUGUACGACCGCAGUGGACACAUGUCCAGCCGAUUACUAGGAUUGUAUCAAGGGACUACUUCACAGUGAGACAGGCAACUCAGCACCAUGAACACCGCUGGCUUUGACAACGAUCUUGGUUCGUCAGGUCUGCAUCUUAACAUAGUUCCUAACGAUUCUUCUGAUGACAACAUUGAUGAAGACAGCCUUUCCGACAUCGACAGAAGCAAGAUGAACCUCGAUGAGAAGACGCGAAGUGUGGCAUCGUUGUCACAGAGUGUAGGGGGCAACACUUCUGGGUACAGCUCGGGUGGACCGGAGGAAAGCGACCCCAGUUCGUUGAUGUUCCAAGAUGUGCCGUGUUGUACAGAUGGUGGCGGCCCCACCCCGCUGCAUCAAGAUGUCGGACCGACUUCUGAAGAAAGUGGUUCAUCCAUGUUGCCAAGGCUACCGCGCCAGAAACGAAGUUUUGAGUCGCCUGAAAUUGAGGACUUUCGAUAUAAGGAAAUUCUUCGAGGCAAUUCUGUAGAGCAGACGGACCAAACAUCACCCUCUUCCAUCCUCGGACAAACGAAGCAAGAAGAAGUCUCCAUCAACCCCUUUGUGAACCAGUCCGUGAACCAUGCUGGCUCAAACUUUACAAGGAGAAGUUCUUGCAGCAACCUGGACAAGGUAGCCCAGAAGCACUCGAUGGGAGAUAAGUUGGAGGCUUUCGACAUGGUGUCUCUGUCCAGCCAUGGUUCCACGGAUGCUGUCCACGUGAAUCUGAGAGGCGAAACAGAAUUCCACACCAAGCACGCUCACCCAGCAACCAUGUCCCCAAACAAUCAUCUGGGAUCCUUUGAACCCGAGGAGAGACAACCGCGGUCAGGCAAUGGAGAAGCUGUGUACAUGAACGCUCUGUCUAUUUUUAAGGCCCAAGAUGAAGAAAAAGGCGAAGCGGGGCCGUGGAGGUCGGGGACGUCAACAAAUACAACCGACGGAUCAGACGAUAAAGAUGAUGGCCUCGACGAAGGACAAGGGAAAGUGAAGGUGGAUCCACCAACGACAGAACCUGUGCUGACACCUCUGCGACAAGUCUUCUCCCUUUGGUACAUGGCCGUCAUCUUUCUGACUCCUGUCCUUCUGCUCCCGUUGCCGCUGGUCAUCAACACACAGGAAGCAAAGUGUGCUUACGUCAUUUUCGUCAUGGCAGUGUUUUGGGUGACGGAAGCUAUUCCGAUAGCUAUGACGUCACUGAUGCCAGUGUUCCUUCUACCAAUGAUGGGUGUGCUGACAGCAAGAACUGUGUCGGCCACCUACUUGAAUGACACGUCAAUCCUGUUUAUGGGAGGCCUGACGGUGGCCAUUGCCAUAGAGACGUGGAACCUUCACCGCCGGAUAGCCUUGUCUGUGAUGCUGGUGGCUGGAGCAGAGCCGCGAUGGCUGAUGCUGGGGAUGAUGCUGGUCACGUGGUUCCUGUCCAUGUGGAUGUCCAACACGGCCACCACCGCCAUGAUGUUGCCCAUCGUGCAGGCCGUCCUGGAGCAGAUCCAGGACACGCAGGACAUCGACGCCAGCGAGGACGACCACAGUCACGAUGUCGAGGUUGUGUCGGAAUUAGAGAAAAAGGCCGAAGAAGAUGACGACAAUGAAAGGGACACAUCAGGCCAGAAGAAAAAGAAGAAGAAAGCAAAAGCAGGGCAGAAGAAAGAGAGGAAAGGAAAAGCCAAGCCCAAGCAGCUGUCGAUGACAGAGUUGGGGAAGGCCCUGUCACUGGCCAUCGCCUACUCCGCCAACGUGGGAGGCAUCGGCAGUCUCACAGGGACAGGACCCAACCUCGUCCUGCUGGGACAAUCACAAAUAAUCUUCGAGCAAUAUGGCCUGCAGACCCCUAUCACCUUCGCAAGUUGGCUUGUGUUUGGUCUGCCCUUGUCUCUGAUGCUGGUGUUUAUUGUUUGGAUCUGGCUGCAGGUGUUGUUCUUUCGCUGUCGGGGCGGCUGUGACUGCAUCUUCAAGCGGGGGUCUAAGGAACUGGAAGAAAGGAACCAAAAAGUUCGAGCUGCGAUUAGAAAAGAGUUUGAGAAGCUUGGACCAAUCACAUUUGCCCAGGGGACCAUCAUGGUGUUUUUCGGCAUUCUCGUUGCGCUGUGGAUCACGCGAGAUCUCGGGGGGUCUGGCGGCUGGGGGCUGAUAUUCGAGGAGGGCUUCGUCAGUGACUCCACGCCGGCAGUGCUGACGGCGGUCUUGUUCUUUGUGCUGCCGUCGUCGCUGCCUGACAUUCUGUUCCCAAGCAAGCGUAACGCGAAAGGGCCGCGGGGCCCCAUCAAGCCCCUGCUGGACUGGAGGACGCUGAACGAAAAGAUGCCCUGGUCCCUGUACCUCCUGCUGGGAGGCGGCUUCGCCAUCGCUCAGGCUGCAGAGACCUCGGGGCUGUCUCGAUGGCUGGGCCAGAAGCUGGCGGUGUUCGGUGCGCUUGACCCCUGGCUGAUGCUGCUCAUCAUCUGCUACAUCGUGACCUUUGCCACUGAGGUCACCAGCAACACGGCCAUAGCUACCCUUAUGAUGCCUAUUUUAGCUCAGCUUGCUCUGACUCUAGGCGUCAACCCGCUGUUCUUCAUGUUCCCCACCGCUAUCACAACGUCCUUCGCCUUCAUGUUGCCCGUGGCAACACCACCCAACGCCAUUGUUUUCGCUUUCGGUACAGUCCGGGUUAUUGACAUGGUGACUUGCGGCUUCAUCCUCAACAUCCUAUGCGUGCCCUGCCUCCUCUUGGCCACUGUCACGUGGGCCAACGCCUUCUUUCACUUCACCACCCUCCCUCCCGAGUUCCUCCUCAACGCCAACAUCUCCGCGGCGGCCAAUCAUUCCGCUGCAUUUUGACAGAGAUUCUACUAUUGACAGGAGGGACACACGGUGGCAGACUGUCAAUAUGUGUGGCUAUAUUUAGUCAAUGUUUACACCAGUCUCGUAGCAACCUUUUUCCCCCAAGAGAAGAAUGGGGAGGGGUUAGGGGAGAUGGACAUGUGAUGGUGCGGUGAUGCAAAACCUGGGAGGGAGUUAAAAGUUUCCGUAUGUUUGAACCCGAUAUACGUAUGUUUCCUCAUAAAACAAAUAAAAAGCACAUAAAAAGCCCCAAACAACAACAGCCCCUCCCACGUAUUGUGACCAAGUUGUGGCGGUGGUCAUGUUGUUUGCUGUGAUGAUAAGUCCAGGAUUUACAGUCUUACACAACAAUGAGAGCUCCUGACUAUUGGAUGCUAAUAGGUUUCACAGGAGCUCUAGGGGCGAGUUGUAAUGAGAACAGGGAACAAGAAAUGUCAUCAGGUUAUUGUAGUCGCAUGAAAUGAUAACAUUAAAUAUUUAACACAGGGGCAUGAUGGUCAACACCUGUAGCAUCGACCUCUGUGAUCAACAACGAGCAAUGUGAAGUGACUGUCAAGGAAAGUAGAGAAGGAAUAACAUAAACAUUUCUUUUUUAGUGAAAUUAAUGUGUGUAUAUGUUUGCAUGUGUGUGUGACAGAGAAAUCUGGUGUACAUACAUUUAUAUGUAUGUGUGUGUGGUGAGAGAGAAGAGAACACAGGUAUGCAUGUGUGUGUGUUAGUGAGAGAGAGAAUGCAGGUAUGUAUGCUUGCUUGUUGCUAUGUCAGUCUGUCCAGCUUGCCGGAUGUUCUGUUGGUUUGCCAACGUUUGUGAGCACCGUUAGUUUAUAUUUGCUUAUCGUAACAAA